AUGUUGCCCACACUCGCUAGCAAUGCACGUUUCCAGCGUACGUGGCCUUACGUGACUGAGAAGUCCUCACAGGCGGAUCAGUCAGUCAACGCGAGCCGUUGUUUGGAGCUGUUGGCCAGCCAAUCGACAAUUCAGCGUCUUAAGGCCAUUCAUAGCAAUUAUACCGAGUGUCUUGGUUCAGAUGGAACAGAAAUUAUCUCUCCACAGCACUCCUUCAUUAAGUCGGCAUGUACUGCCUACUAA